AUGACCCCGGAGAGCUCGGCCGCCGCCGCCGCGACGGGGUCAGGCUCCGACGCCUCCGACGGCGAGGCGGACGCGGGCCGCUUUUACAGCACCCGCCCCCCUGGCGACCCACCUCGACUCCGGUGCGGACGCGGGACGCGGACGCCGGUACUGGCCGCAGCGUCCCUUUCCCGGGGCGCCGCGGCGAGCGCUCCCCCAGCCUCUCAUUCCGACUCGGACGCCGCCGCCGCCGGCGUCCGCGUGCCGUCCCCGAGGCGCAACCGCGAGCGCACCCCGCGCGUCCACUCCGACCCCGACUCCGACAACUCCAUCGCCACCGCCUCGGAAGAUGGUGGCGGAGAUGCCAGCGACGCUUUCCCGUCGCCUCGCGCGCGUCUAUCCACACACAUCAAGACCUCCAGCAUUAAGCCCAUCCGCACGCGCCCGAUGGACGUGUCCUCCCGCGAUGCCGCCGCGGCGUCCUCCGAGCUCCGCACCAAGCACCGCCCGGGGUACCAGAAGCGGCCGUCACGGGUAUGGAGCCCUGAAGACGAGGUCACCAUACUGAACGCCCUCAUUGAGUACCGUGCCAAGAAAGGCCGGCUCCCUGCGUCGUUUCAGGACACAAGCGAUCUAUACUUGCAGAUUUUUGGCCAACUCACAGCUAAUGUGUCCACUACCCAGCUUAGUGAUAAGGUCAGGCGCCUCAAGCAUAAGUACAAGUUGCUGGUCAAACGUGCAAAGAAUGAACGGGAUCCUGACUUGCCGACAGAGCAUGACCAUAAUGUCUAUGAACUUUGCGAGAAAGUUUGGAGAUUGAAGAGUCUGGAAGGAGGGGAUGCAGAGAGCAAUGAGGAGCAGGAGAUCAAGGAGAGUGAUGAGGAAAUGGAGAAUGAACGGGAACACCGUGAACGCACGAGCAAGAAGCCAAAGACAUCUAGAUUUGAAAAUGCCAAUGGUAAUGCAACUGUCACUGCAGUUAGGGCUAGCCAUGGCAAUGGCAGUGGGAGAGAUGAUGCUGAGAAGGGAAAACAAAUGUACCCUUACCUGUGGGCGGCUAUUGAGGAGCUGUCCAAGGAGCAUCCUAGUGGACCAAUAUUCAGGAAGGCAUUUGGUGUACUUGAAAAGGCAAAGGCAAGAGCGAUAGAAGAGAAGCUGCGGAAGUUCAGAAUGUCAGUGGUCAGGCUGCAGCUGAAUCGGAUGGACUUGACAAAGUUGUCCGUGGGGAUGGUGCUUGAUGCGCUGGAGGGGCCACACUGAAGGUUGGAAUUGACGUACUGACUGAUUCUGGAAUAUGUGGUUCGGUGAGUAUGUUGCUCAGAUAGGGUGACCUAAGUCUUCCAGUUGCUGCGAAGUCUCUUAUUCUCGUGUUAUGGAUAUAUGGUUUGUUGUGUCAACUUUUGUGGUGAAGAAUAUAGUGUCCUUGAUCCAAACUAACCUAGAUUAAGGAGUUAUGACUGCUGCUUGUUAUCCUCCCUGAUAGAUUAUGCUAUGUGCUCAGGUGCUAAUUUAUGCCUAUUUCUC